AUGGUGAAUGGUCCUUGGAUGGCUAUGGGGGAUUGGAACUCCAUUAGAUUUUUUAGUGAUAAAAGGGGUGGGAGAAAAGUUCCUCAAAGGUUACUUAAUGAAUUCAAUGAUUGCUUGCAAGAUGCUGGCCUUACUGAAGUACACCCUACUAAUGGAGAUUGGUCCUGGUGUAAUAGACGGCAGAUUUCAAGGAGAAUUUAUGUGAAAUUAGAUAGGGUUUUCUUGAAUGAGAGCUGGCUUGACAAUCUUCCAGGGACUAAAGUUAUGUAUACUGCUGCAACAUGCUCAGAUUACUAUGGAUUGGCGAUUCAUAUCUCUAAGGAGUUUGCAGCUGGUCUUAAACAGUUCAAACUUCUUAAGUUAAGGCUUGUCAAGACUGCUAUUAAAGAGUGGAACAAAAACUGUUUUGGUGAUGUGGGGGAAAGAUUGAUUCAGUCCAAACAGAAGCUUAAUCAAUUACAGUUGCAACAUUUGAUUGAUCCUAAUGAUAAUAAUUUCCAGGCGGAACAAGAGGCUAGAGAUAAUUAUCAAGCUGCUGUUGUUGAUCAUGAGAUUUUGAUUGCUAAAAAAUCUAGAAUCCUUUGGUUGAAGGAUACUGAUAGAUGUACUGGAUAUGUCUACAACAAAAUGAAGCAACAUAGAAAUUUCAAUGCCAUCACUAUUAUGGAACAUGAGAAUGGACAAACAACUAGUGAUCUUAGUUUGAUUAGAAGCUGGUUCAUUGAAUUUUAUCACAAUCUUUUUGCUAAGAAAAAUGAAGAGAUUCCAGAGGUUAUUCAUACUUCUAAAUAG